CCACUCUUCUUUACAUCCACCCCCUCCCUCUCCCUCAUUCAUCACAUAUAUACAUCAGUGUCAGUCUUAUCAAGAAGAAGAGAAGAAAGGAUUUCCAGAACUGCUUAUCCAACUCCUCCGAUCCGAGGAAAUUAAACACAAGAAAAGAUCAAAAAAACAAUAAAAAAAAACAUCAUGGGACGUUCUCCUUGCUGUGAGAAAGCUCACACCAACAAAGGCGCCUGGACCAAAGAAGAAGACCAACGCCUCAUCAACUACAUCCGCUCCCAUGGCGAAGGUUGCUGGCGAUCCCUCCCUAAAGCCGCAGGAUUGCUUAGAUGUGGGAAGAGUUGCAGAUUGAGGUGGAUAAACUACCUGAGGCCAGACCUGAAAAGAGGGAACUUUACAGAAGAAGAAGAUGAUCUUAUCAUCAAGCUGCAUAGUCUUCUGGGAAACAAAUGGUCCUUGAUAGCUGCAAGGUUGCCCGGAAGAACCGAUAAUGAAAUCAAGAAUUACUGGAACACUCACAUUAAGCGCAAGCUUCUCAGCCGCGGCCUCGACCCACAAACCCACCGGCCGAUUAACUCCGCCGCCGCCGCCUGCAGCGGCGGAGGCGGCGGUUCCACGGCGAAGGAUAUCUGCCUGGACUUCAGAAACGCAGCGGCGCCGGCGAAAUCAUCGAACGAGAAAGCUACAUUGAGUUUAUCUCAGGAAGACACUAAAUGCAACAGCGGCACGACAACGGAGGAAUCUGAACAACAACAACAAAAGGACGAUCAAACAGCGCUGAAUCUUGGUUUAAAUUUAUCCAUUGGGCUAUCGACGACGGCGGCGCGUCCGAGGGCGGAGACGCCCUCCUCUUCCAACUCCGCGGAGUCGGUUGCGGCGCCACCGCAUGCGGCGGCGGCCGCCGUAAUGAAUCAAUCGGUGUGUUUGUGUUGGCAAUUGGGGUGGUCCCCUAGUGGCAAGUUGUGUACCAAAUGCCAUAACUCUUACAAAUGGUUUCCUUAGAGAUUUUUUUUUUUUUUUCUUAGAGAUAUUUUAGGUAUAUUAAUUAAUGUAUUCCAUUUCCCAAAUGUAAUCAUCACCUCUAUCCUAAUGUAUUAUCUUUGUAACAAAUAUCUCAAACUUAGGUUGAAACUUAAACCCACCUUAAAAACAAUGUAAAGACAUAUUUAUUCAUGUUUUGUUUAACGUAUAGAUUUUUUUUUUUUUUUUUUU